AUGAGCAAGAAAGAUAAUGAACUCACUCUUGGAAUCACAUGUGAUAAAGCUAAGAAGGAUGCUUCAACAGCAGAUUACAUGUUUGGAGUAGUUGACAAAGGAAGUUGGGAAUAUGAAAAUUAUGAAAAUAUUCAAUUUAUUGUACAUAAUUUAAUAAAGUUUUUUGAAAGUCCAGAAAGUUGCAAAUGUUCUGAAGAAGAAAAAGAUAUUAGAACUUGCUUUGAAAGAAUUGGAUUUAAAAAGUUUUUUGAAAGACAUUUUCAAAUUAUUAAUCUAAACAGCAAAGAAUUAGAUUUGUUUUUAAAAGCACAACUUUUAGCAAUGGAAAUAGAGAAUAAAAAUUAUAAAAAAUCUUCUGAAAAGAUCCAACAAAGGAUAAACUAUAGAUAUUGUUUUAAUUCAACCUAUGCUCUUU